AUGCAUCACUUGAGUAAAGGUCUUCGAUGUUUAUUAAAUCGAUGGAACUAUAAAAUUAGUAAUCGUACGCGUAUUACAAAGAAAACAAUGAUUAACGAUUUGGUUACAGAUUUGAUACAAUCUCCAGCAACAAAUGAAGUUAACUCAUCAACAUACAAUGGCUCAAAUCAAAUUCAUGAUACGUCAACCAAACAACAUGAUAAUAAUCAUCAUAAUUUUUCUCUUGCAAAGACUACAGCUUCAAUCAAUAUUGAUCCAUACUCUGAUUAUCAACUUACAGAUCGUAUUCGUCAUAGUGAAGCAUCAACAUCUGAUAGUGAAGAUGAACUUGAUCAUCUAUAUAUUGAUUCUACACCAACUUCGCCACCACAAGUUAUAUCGGCGAUACUUCCUCAACCUGAAGCAUCAUCACCAUUCGCUGUUGAACGUUCUUCGUAUACAGUCAACUCGAAUAAAUCAAACGAAAUUUUUUCUAUUCAGAAAUUACCAUCAACACAAAUCAGUACCGAAGAAUGUGACGAAGCCGAAUAUAGUCAAAUCAAUAAUGCAACUAUCAAGCGUAAACGUACGAAGUAUCAAACGUCUAACACAGAUGCCAAAAUCGCUACAAAACAACCAACACGACUUACCAGAAAAAAGAGUCGAGUUAUAUGA